AGUGAAUUCAAAAUGGGUGAUGUGGAGAAGGGCAAGAAGAUUUUUGUUCAGAAAUGUGGCCAGUGCUACACUGUGGAAAAGGGAGGCAAGCACAAGACUGGGCCAAAUCUACAUGGUUUGUUUGGGCGGAAGACGGGUCAAUCCCCUGGAUUCACUUACACGGAUGCCAAUAAGACCAAUGGUAUCACUUGGGGAGAGGACACACUGAUGGAGAAUUUGGAGAAUCCCAAGAAGUACAUCCCUGGAACAAAAAUGAUCUUCGCUGGUGUCUUAAAGAAGGCAGAAAGGGCAGACUUGAUAGCUUAUCUCAAGAAAGCUACUAAUGAGUAA